CACUGAGGAUUUCACACGCUGCAGCAGCACGCUAAGGAUCUCAGCCGCUGUUCCUGUUCUCUCCUGGAAGUCCGUCUCUCCUAGUAUCUACACCGGAUCAUUCUCCUUUUUGCCUAUCUGUUCCACGCUAGAGCUACCGGUCACCAGCCAAUAGCAGAACGACUUCCAUAUGACUGACACAGGAGGAACGUCGGUACCGGCUCAGACUGAGCAGGGGAUGGCAGCUGUCACAUCUCGUCACCCAGCAUCUCAAGAUGACAACGCAGUAGAAACCGCAGAGGAAGCACUUGAACCACCUGAAGCCGAUAUCAACGAACUCUGUAAGGACAUGUUUAGCAAAAUGUCUUGUUAUCUCACAGGGGAACUAGCAGCCACCAGUGAAGACUACAAACUCUUGGAAAAUAUGAAUAAAUUAACUUGUUUGAAGUACAUGGAAAUGAAAGACAUUGCAGGAAACAUCAGUCGAAAUCUCAAGGACUUGAACAAAAAAUAUGCAAGUCUGCAGCCAUAUUUGGAACAAAUAAAUCAAAUUGAAGAUCAAGUAGCAUCAUUGGAAAAUGCAGCGUAUAAACUGGACGCUUAUUCAAAACGGCUAGAGGCAAAGUUCAAGAAACUAGAGAAACGGUGAAAGGCAAAUGAACAAGGACCAUAGCUCAGAAAGGCUAACGGAACAAUAAACAAUGUGCAAUUGCUCCUAAAGUGACUUGUAAUAAGGUUGUUGUGCACAUGACAGAUACUUGUUCAUAUUUAGACUCUAGAAUAAAGGGCAUUGUGCCCAGUAGACGCACAAA